CAUAAACACAGUCCAGUUACUUGCAGCUAAAAUCGACAUCCAGCUUGAAGCUUCUUCAGCUUUUCUCAACUCAGUCUGCAGCUGGAAGGUUCUCCAGACGUUCUUAGAGGAUCUACCACCACUGCAGUCAUGGCUUCCUCCAGCAGUCUCCUGUCUGAAGAUCAGCUCCAGUGCUCUAUCUGUCUGGAUGUGUUCACUGAUCCAGUCACGACUCCAUGUGGACACAACUUCUGCAUGGUCUGUCUCGAAGAGUGCUGGGACAGCAGUUCACGCUGCCAGUGUCCAGUCUGUCAGACAGAUUUCUCCAAAAGGCCUGAUCUGUGUGUGAACACGUUCAUCUCUGGACUGGCUGCUCAGUUCAAGAAGUCAGAUCAGGUGAAAUCCAGCAGAGCUCCAGAGAAACGACCCUCCAGCUCUCAGCUGCUCUGUGACAUCUGCAGUGAAAAGAAGAGUCCAGCUCUGAAGUCCUGUCUGAUCUGUAUGACCUCUUACUGCGAGACUCACCUGGAGCCUCAUCAGAGAGUAACUUCAUUAAAGAAGCACAAACUGAUGGACGCUGUGGAGAACCUGGAGGACUACAUCUGCCAGAAACAUGAGAGACCCCUGGAGCUGUUCUGUAGAGACGACCAGACGAGUGUGUGUCAGUUCUGCACUGAGACAGACCACAAGACUCACAGCACUGUUCCUAUAGAGGAGGAGAGUGGAGAGAGGAAGACUCAGCUGGUGAAGACACAGGUAGAAGUUCAGCAGAUGAUCCAGGACCGACUGAAGAAGAUUGAGGAAAUCAAACACUCUGUAAAACUCAAUAAAAAAAUCACAGAGGAGGAGAAAGCAGACAGUGAGGAGGUCUUCAGAGCUCUGCUGCGCUGCAUUGAGAGAAGCCAGGCGGAGCUGCUUGAGGUGAUGGAGGAGAAGCAGAAAGCAGCAGAGAGGCAGGCUGAAGAGUUCAUUAAAGAGCUGGAGCAGGAAAUCACUGAGCUAAAGAGGAGAGACACUGAGCUGGAGCAGCUCUCCCACACUGAGGACCACCUCCACCUCCUACAGGUUUACCCGUCCCUCUGCAGCCGUCCACACACCAAGAACUGGACUGACGUCAGGAUUAACACUCAUCUGAGGGUGGAGACUCUGAGGAGAGCUCUGUCUUGGCUUCGGGAAUCAGUCAGUAAUGAGAUGGAGAAGUUUGUGGCGAUUGAACUAAAAGCAGUUCAACAAUAUGCAGUUGAUGUGACUCUGGAUCCUGAUACAGCAAAUCCUAAUCUUAUUCUGUCUGAUGAUGGGAAACAAGUGACAGAUGGAGACACAGAGCAGAAUCUCCCUGAAAACUCAGAGAGGUUUGAUGAGUGUCCUUGUGUUCUGGGAAAGGAGGGGUUCUCCUCAGGGAGAUUUUACUAUGAGGUUCAGGUCAGCGGGAAGACUGAGUGGGAAUUAGGAGUGACCACAGAGUCCAGUAACAGGAAGGGGGGGAUUACACUGAGUCCUGAGGAUGGAUACUGGACUGUGUGGCUAAGGACUGAGACUGAAUAUGAGGCUCUGGACUCUCCCUCUGUCCCCCUCUCGUUGAAACAGGCUCCCCAGAAGGUGGGGGUGUUUGUGGAUUAUGAGGAGGGUCUGGUCUCCUUCUAUGAUGUUGAGGCCAGGUCUCAUAUCUACUCUUUCACUGGUCAGUCUUUCACUGAGAAACUCUAUCCAUAUUUCAGCCCCUUUGACGAUGAUGGAGGUAAAAACUCAGCACCGCUGAUCAUCACACCUGUUGAUCAUGAUAAAUGAGGCUCUUCUCUACAGUAAAACACUUCACUGAGUCAGAGGAAACUUUGUACUCUGACAUUUCAGAGCAUGAAUAAAAGCAUAUUUUCUUUCAAAUUUCAAAUCUUAACACAGUUUAUGGUAUUAAUGAAUGAAUGAACAAAUAAGAAUAUAAUAAAUAAAUGAAUCAGUAGCUUUAAACGGUUACUUUGUGUUAAAGGUGCUUCAAAUUAUUCUUUUAUUAUAUAAUUUAAAAAGAUGAUUUAACCGAGCCGCCAGUCUCGUAUGUGUCGUCUCAAAGCCUUCCUGGUUACACUGUAAACUCUGUGGCUCUGCAUCCCUUUAAUGUGCACACAGUGAAACACUUCUACUGAAAAUACUGGGGGGUUAAUUCUGCUAUUCAGAUCACACUGAACAACUUUUUAUAGCUUUGUUUUCCAGAUUUGCCCUCAGAUCAGAAAUUAUGAACGUCUACCGGCUGGUUGAGCUUCUCACUUAAGGACUAGUUUUACAAAUAAUUAAAUUUACAUGAUUUUCCUCUUAACACAAAUAUAGUCAAUCAGCCAAGUUUGUUGACGUGUUUGGUGUCCAGGUUUUGCUUCUUUAGUUUAGGACUGUUAGAUCCCAGUUAUUUUUAGAAUGAGUUUAUAUUUACAACAAACAAUAAAGUUAAGAAGGUAAAGCAU